UCCUUCAAUCAUAAAAUCUAGAGAAAGAAAAACCCCUUGAAGAAAUGGCGCCCCUUCUUUCCCUGAAUCAAUCGACCUGCCUCCAACCUUUAUCUCGUAUGGCCCUCUCCCUCAAUACUCCGUCGGUGAUGCCGUUCAAGGGUUGGUCAAAUCAAUCUAAUUUCUUAACUUGUAAACCAAAUGGCUUAUCAUCUGCAAAAUCUUGUUCAAAAGUCAUGUCUGCAAUAAACAUGAAUGCAUCACAACCAAACGACCAUGGAAAGCCAAUUGAUGACCUUGUAACAGAAAAGGCAAGAAAGUUAUGGGAUAAUUCUCCCCAAGAAAUCAAGAACUUCCCAUGGACAAGAGCCUUGGAGAAUUUCACCCAACUUAUUAUUGACAUCAUAUUAGUAGUCACCAAAUACCUUUAUAUACCAGUAAUGGCAAUCACUUCUGUUAGUGAAAUGUCAUAUUGUGCUCAUGAAAGAAAGCUAGUCAUAAUCCCUCUUCCAAUUCUUAUUGGUGUUGCUGUAGCUGGGGUUUUGAGAAACAGAGCAUUGAAAUUAUCUCCAUUUCUCAAGGAUGCUAAAGUUCCAUGGCAUUUAUAUGCAAAUAUGCUUUUUUUCACUUUGAUCAAAUUGCCAGGCCCGAUCUAUCCGUAUUGGGGACGCAUUUUUAUACCACAUUUUGCGAAUGGAGGGUUGUUUAGGACUCUAUGGUUUCUGUUUUUAUGGUACAAGAUGCCUAGGAAAGAAGUGCACACUAAUCUUGAAUGAUCAAGAAUUGUAUUUCUUUAAAAGUAAAAGACAUUUUUGUUAGAUUAGCAAUGUAGUAUUAGUAUAGGGAAGAAUAUGCAUUUUUGUUAUGGGUAUUUU